UCUUUUAGAAGCGGUCACCUUGUGAUGUGUGUUCACUCCGCCUCUUCCCAGCUGAUGCUUGCGCCCUUUCAAUUUCUAUUCUGAAAGGAAGACUGGAGGACGGGGGAAAAUAAAACAAGAGGGUCUGCGGGGGUAGCGCAGUUAAAAUAUCCAUGGGUGGUUGUGUGGGUAGUCACCAUGAUUCUUCAGGCAGUUUAAACGAAAAUUCUGACGGAACUGGAGUGGCUCUGGGGCGUAACCAGGCCUUGAAGAGAGAGAAACCCAAAUGGAAGAGUGACUAUCCCAUGACGGACGGCCAGCUGCGCAGUAAGCGGGAUGAGUUCUGGGACACGGCGCCCGCCUUCGAGGGACGCAAGGAGAUCUGGGACGCGCUCAAGGCCGCCGCCCAGGCCUUUGAGAGCAACGAUCAUGAACUGGCCCAGGCCAUCAUCGACGGGGCCAGCAUAACACUGCCACACGGCGCGCUGACGGAGUGCUAUGACGAGCUGGGGAACCGCUACCAGCUGCCAGUCUACUGCCUGUCCCCACCCGUCAACAUGAUCGAGGAGAAGAGUGACCUGGAGAGCCUGGAGGUCAGCGAGCCGCCCCCCAGCGAGGGUCAGGAGUGUCAGCUGCGCCUGCGCCUGUCCACGGGUCGGGACCUGCGCCUGGCGGUGAGGACCACGGACACGGUGCGGCACAUGAAGCGGCGGCUGCAGGUGGUGGAGGGCGUGGCGGCGGCCACCCAGCGCUGGUUCUUCUCGGGCCGGCCACUCACAGACAAGAUGAAGCUGGAGGAGCUGAAGAUCUCCAGGGACUACGUGGUGCAGGUGAUCAUCAGCCAGCCGCCUGCCCCCCUGCCCACCCAGGCACCACCCGCCCCUACACCAAUCACACCCGCGCCCGCCACGCUGCCCCAGGACCCCACGCCAGUAGAGAACUAGCGCCUGGCACUCGGAGAGGGCACGCAUGCAGGAGACUAGAGACCACCAAGGGAGGACCAGCUUGUGACAAAUGUAGAUUUUGGGGGGAGGUGUUGAGGGAGAUGGUUUGCGAGGCAGACAUGUGUGUGUGAAGCAGAUCUGAGCAGAUGAAGGAGCAGGUCUGUGGAGCAGGUCUGGAGAACCAAGGCAAGCCGAUCUGGGUGGUCAUUUAAAGUGUUUGUUUAGAGUUGUGUGAGGGUUUGUUAAGCUGUGUGCCUCCAUCUUUCUUCCCCUCCCUCCUCGACGGAACAGGGAGGUGUUUCUGCAAGGCAUGCUGGGAUAGCAGCAGGGGCGUGUCUGUGUCUCAGCCGGAGCAGGAGGGCUCCGCCUCCGCGACUGAAGACAACCAACCAGGAGCAGGAAGAGACUCCACCACAGGACAGGACCACCUGCUAACCUGGCUUUUAACAAAUCAACCUUUUACAAAAACUAUUUAAAAAAAACUUGUCUUGUUUUUUGUGGAAACUGAACCACAAAAAAAUAAGAUCUGAGGAAACUAUAAGAAUAUACAGUAACGACUUGUUCAUUUUGUGAUGUUUCUGCUCUUGAUUUGAUUUCACUGCUGUUACUUUGAGUCCUUGUCUCUCUUUGUCAAGGAGGAUUCUGUUGAUUGCGAGGACUGGGCCCAUGUUCCAGAACCCCCCUACCUGCCUGCCUGCUCUCCAUCUCCUCUGUAGCUUCUAGUCAUCCAGCUGUCAGUCCUUCUAUUGCUUUGUUUGUUAUGCACCCUACCUGUAGCAGACAUUCCAUGUAGCUCCGCCAGUCAACUCGUCCUAAAGAGAGCAGGUCUGACAUGAAGAUGAAUCCUCUGGACCUUUUAGUUCUGAUCUUGGUUUGCGAAGUUAGUAGGCCGUCACUGCGUCGGAUUAGUUCCCUUCUCAUUCCCCAGUAAACAUCCCAUCAUGUAAACGUGACACUCUCACUCUCCUGUUGUCUGUCCGUACCUGAUAUUAGCUUGAGAUGAAAUACAGGAGGUUUCCACUUAUUACCGGUGCAGAACUUAAAAAACUACAAUGUUGUACAAACUGAAUAUGCUGGGAUGAAGUGUCAUUGCAAAGUUUUUAAUGGCACUGUGUUUAGAAAUUCUGCUUCACUGUACUUUAAGAUACUUAUCAGAGCAAUGUAUUUAGCAUUGCGUAAUCAUUUGUGUGUGUGCGCGCUUGUGAGAGAGAGAGCGAGAGAGAGAGAGAGAGAGACAGAGAGUGAGAGAGAGACAGAGAGAGAGAGAGAGACAGUGUAAUGCAUGUUUGAGAGGGUGUAGAGAGAAAGAGUGUUCAUGUGUACAAUAUCUUCUGGUGACAAGAGUCAGACCUUAGAACAUACUUAGAAGGGAUUACAACCUUAGCCGGUCUCUAGGGGUUGUACUGUGGACAGACUAAGUCACACCAGACGUCUUGUCCUUUACUCCAGUAGCUGUUCGGACUGAGUUCAUUCUUCUGCCUCUCUUUGUGUGUAUGAGUGUGUGUUUUUAAGUCACAUCAAGACGUAUUCAUGGAAAAUGAAUUUCAGAAACCCAGUUGCAUAUUUUGAUGAAAUAUAAUGUUUUUUAAUUAAAUUGACCAACAUUUGUACUCCGCAA